AUGUCGUCGUCGACAGUGGUGGGAUCAGCUCCAGGAAGAAAUAGAGGUAAUUCAAACGCUAACCUUCAUCCAGAUAUAGGAUCAGUGUCUGCGACAGAUGCAAAUGCUAUCACAUCUAGCAAACCUUAUAAUUCUUCAACACCCGUUGGAUCGGCAGGAGGAUCGUCUUUUCCAGGGGGAAUUGCGCACGAUAUACCUCCGGAUAUGAGUUUACUAUUACAAGAACUAGAGGAGGAUUUCACAGUAAAUAAGACAAUAGACCAAUGGACAUAUAUUAAUAGAAGAGAAGAAAUUAUGCAAUCAGUCAACAAACUUCAUCAGCAACAGCAAAGUAAUAUUGAGCUUGAUUCCAGCAUGCUUGAAAAACCAUUAUACCCCCGUAAAGCAGCGGAAAUUAUGAACGAGAAUAAUCUUUCUUCUGGUUAUCUCAUGGGAAUAUUAGCCAAUAGAGCAAGGAUCUACAAGGCAGAAGUAGCGUUUUCUGUACUUGAUGCGAAGGGGAAAGAAAUCUCAUCCAUAACCUGGGAAAAACUAUACACGAAAGCAGUCAAAGUUGCGCAUGAGAUAAACAAAAUGGCUCUUAAAAAUAGUGAUACAGUGGUAUUAUUAUAUAAAGACGGAGAAGUAUGUGAAUUCGUUGUAGCAAUGUUCGGCUGUUUUAUGGCUGGAGUAACAGCGAUUCCGAUUCACCAAGAUAUCUCUUUGCAUGAGGUAUUAGAUAUAAUCAAUUUAACAUCAACUAAAUUGGUAUUGUAUUCUGAUACCGUGGCAAAAGAGUUAGACAAAUUAAAUGCUACAGGUCAGAAAAUAAUAUGGCCACCUAAGUUGAUACGCUGGAAGACGACAGACUUUGGGUCAGCCAAAAAAUCGGAUUUGGCGACUUGGACCAAUAAAAUAUCCCAGCAGCAACAAGCACCCCGUGAAUCGAAAUCGGAUUUGGCAUAUGUUGAAUUUUCAAGGUCACCAGUUGGUGAACUAAGAGGUAUCGCUCUAAGUCAUAGAACUAUUGUUCACCAAAUGAAUUGUCUUGACAUAACAUUACUGAGCUUACCCGAAUCAGGUGGAGGUCUUCAAAGAAGUUAUAAAGAGUACAAAGGAAACAAAAAGGUUGUCUUAGCGACCUUGGAUAUAAGAUUCUCUAUUGGGUUAAUUUUAGGGAUCUUAUUUACUGUAUAUUCUGGAAAUAUGCUUGUUUGGGUACCUCAAAAGGUAAUGGAAGUUCAAGGUUUAUAUGCGAAUAUUUUAUCGAAGUGUCGAGCAUCGUUAUUACUAGCAGACUAUCUUGGUUUGAAAAGAGUUACGUAUGAUUAUCAGCAAUCUCCGAAUUCUACAAGAUAUUAUUCUAAAACUCAGAAAGUCGAUUUUUCAUCGGUGAAAUGGGUGUUAGUCAACGCACUAACAAUUGACGGUGAGUUUAUUGAAAUAUUAGCUCAAAGAUAUUUAAGACCAUUAGGAUGUCAAGAACCAGAGAAUGCAAUCAUUCCAAUGUUGACUUUGAGUGAAUAUGGUGGUAUGGUCAUUUCUUUGAGAGAUUGGCUAGGCGGGAAGGAAAAAUUAGGUAUUGAAGAUGCUGACGAAUCUUCAUCUAGUGAAUUAUCAGCUGUUUCAAUAGACAAGGAAGCAUUAUCAAGAAAUAUAGUUAAAGUUGUUGACACUGCACCGUCAUCUUCAGACGAAAAUUCUGCGGAUACAUUGAGGGUUGAUGCGUUUGGGUUUCCAUUACCCGAUGCAACAUUGGCAGUUGUCAAUCCAGAACUGUCGUUAUUGGUAACUAAAGGUGAACUUGGAGAGAUUUGGAUAGAUAGUCCAUGUCUUUCUGGGGGUUUUUAUGGCUUACGAAAGGAAUCAAAGCUGAUUUUCCAUGCUAAAUGCCGUGAUGCUAAUGGAAUUCUUGAAAUGGACUUCUUGAGAACAGGAUUAUUAGGAUUCACUUACAAUGGCAAGAUUUAUGUACUUGGCCUAUACGAAGAUAGAAUUCGUCACAGAGUGAGUUGGAUCGAUCAAAAACUCUAUUACAAAUUAAAGAAAAACUUGAUAAUAGGGAAUGGCUUCAGAUAUCACUAUUCUUCACACUUGCUAGCGACAUUAGCUAGUGAAGUUAGAAAUGUAUAUGAUUGUACCAUAUUUGAUGUGUUUAUAGGUAAUGAGUAUUUACCAGUUGCAAUCAUCGAAGCAGAAGUUAUUAGAAAAAGUGUUGAUCCUAACAAUAACGAUAAUGCUGUAACUGGAGGAGGAAAGGCACAAAAUAAUUCUGGUGAUGGAAGUCAGGCAAACUCAGCUGUGCCCUUGAAUGAGCCAGUAUUGAAUUCAAUUGCCCAGAAAUGUUUCGAUACUUUGUAUAAACACCAUUUCUUGAGACUAUAUUGCGUUCUAAUUGUUGACUGUGAUACUUUGCCUAAGAUCAUGAGAAGUGGUGGAAGAGAAAUUGCGAAUAUGCUAUGCAAAAAGAGAUUUUUGGAAGGAUCAUUAAAGGCCGAAUAUGUUAAAUUUUUCGUCAGCAAAUCUAUAAGUAUGAUUCCUCACGGAGAAGAUGUAAUUGGCGGCAUUUGGUCCCCUUACGUUUCACGAUUAAGAAACUCUGCAUUAUCGAGGUUUCCAAACCAAUUUUCUGCAGUCGAUUACCGUGAAAAAUCCAUAGAUGAUAAGACUGGUGCUCCAUUAACCGAUUUUAAAUCUAUAUUAGAUAUUUUGAAAUUCAGAGUAGCUAGUGCAGGUGAUGCUAUCGCAUUUCAGAGUAUCGAUAAUAGUGGUAAAUCUGCCUCGAAGCCAUUAACAUGGAAGAAGUUUGAACAUAGAGUCUAUGCAGUUUGUAGUUAUUUGAUUGAUAAACUUUCUAUUAAGCCUGGGAAGUACAUCAUUUUGAUGUAUUCAUUAUCAGAGGAGUUUGUGAUCGCAACUUAUGCUUGCUUGAUAUGCGGUGUAAUCCCAAUUCCUAUGUUACCAUUUGACUCUAACAGAAUUGGAGAAGAUUUUCCAGCUUUUGUGGGAGUUAUAAGAGACUUUGAUAUUCAUGAAAUAUUUGUAAAUGAAGAAGUUGAAAAGUUCUUGAAGAAUGGCCCAGUCGCAGAUGCGCUAAAGAAAAUGAAUAAUAAAAAAUCAACAAUUCAUAAGAUAAAGAACACCGGCAAAUUAACGAAAGUUUCCAACAUUGCAUCGUUAAACUCUAAGAUUAAAAGAUACCAAGGAGAAUCCAACUUUAGAGAUGAUAAGACCAUUGCAAUGGUUUGGUUAAAUUUCACGUCAGAUCAUUAUAGAGUUGGUGCUACUUUGAGUCAUAAAAACAUAAUUGGAAUUUGCAAGGUAUUCAAAGAGACUUGUAACCUAUCAUCGAAUUCUUCCAUAGUCGGAUGUGUCCGUCAUUCAUCUGGGAUUGGAUUUGUACAGGCGGUAUUCUUAGGGGUUUUCUUGGGAACCACAACAUACCUAAGUUCACCAGUUACUUUUGCAGAAAACCCGUUGGCAUUUUUCCUUUCAUUGGCACGUUAUAAAGUUAAGGAUGUCUUUGUGACCGAGCAAAUGUUGAAAUACGCAGCACUAAAGUUUACGCCUAAAGGUUUUAAUUUAGCUAAUUUGAAAAACAUGAUGAUAAGUACUGAAGGAAGAGUCGAAAUAGAUUUAUUAAGAAAAAUUGCUAAAGUUUUUCAACCUACGAAAUUAAGCGCAGCUUCUAUGUCGUCAGUUUAUACCCAUUGUUUUAAUCCAAUUAUAUCUACUAGGUCAUAUAUGACUGUUGCACCUGUUGAUUUAUAUUUGGACCCAAUUGCAUUAAGACAAGGAUACAUUUCCGCAGUAAAUCAGGUUGAUGUCCCCAACGCGUUACAUAUUCAAGAUUCGGGUAUGGUACCUGUUUGUACAGAAAUUGCUAUCGUUAACCCUGAAAAUAAUAUGAUCUGUAAAGAGGGUGAGUUUGGUGAAAUAUGGGUUUGUUCGGAGGCCAACCUUACUUCAUUUACCAAUGGACCAAAUGGCCCAAUUGACAACUUCAGUAGACAACAGUUUUUAGGAAAGAUCCAAGAUGGUAAUCCUGAAAUGACUUACUUGAGGACUGGUGAUUUAGGAUUUUUACAUCACAUAUCUAUUACAAAGAAUAGUAAUAAUGACAAUACCAACCAACCAGAGAGCACCUCAUUCCAACCCCUCUUCGUCCUAGGAAAAAUAGCAGACACGUUCGAAGUGAUGGGAUUACAUCAUUUUCCAAUUGAUAUUGAAAAUACUAUUGAAUCUUGUCAUGUUGAUAUUUUUAAGAAUGGUUCAUGUAUUUUCAAAUGUGCUGAAUACACAAUUGUCGUAUGCGAAUCGAGAAGAAUGAGAAAUUUUGCAUCUUUGGUCCCAUUGAUCGCAAACACAGUCCUCAGCAAACAUCAUAUUAUAGUGGAUAUUGUUGCAUUUAUGAAAAAGGGUGAAUUCCCAAUAUCAAGGUUAGGCACUAAACAGAGAGCUAGGAUAAUAGAUGCAUGGGUCCAAGGCAUUCUUCCUGUUACGGCACUGUAUGGGGUUAAUUAUGGUGAAAGCAAUAUGACAAAGCUUGUAAAAGAGAUUGACGCUGUUGCCAGAGACCACCCUAUAACAGGAUUAAAGAAUCCUGCUCUUUCAUUUUAUGAUCUUGACUUGGUUGAUGAAUAUGAAGAUAUUUUUGAUGGAAAUCAACAUGGCUUGGCCCUUAAUGAUGGUAAUUUUGAUAUUGUGGAUAAACGGAAAGCAGUUUUUUCAAUGUCAAAUAAUAGUUCAGUGUCUGAUGAAUCUUUACCUGUUCAUAAAUGA